GUUUGCAUGAUCAGUACCUGGGCUUAUUAAGUAAGCAAGUUGAUCUCAGAGUCGGUGACCGAACUCACCGAAGAGCAAAUAUAUACUGCAUCUCUUGAGCUACCCUCUAGCUUGGCUUUGUUUCAGAGAUAAAUGGGGGUUCCAUCUUUUUUUCGUUGGUUGGUAAACAAGUACCCUAAAGUGGUGGUGAAAGCCAUUGAAGCGGGAGGGGAUCAGUUUCUAGAUGCAAGCUUGCCAAACCCAAACGGCAUAGAGUUCGAUAACCUGUUUCUAGACAUGAAUGGGAUUAUCCAUCCCUGCUUUCACCCGGAAGAAGACGAUGAUGAUGGUUAUGGACUAGCACCACCAAGAACUUAUGAAGAUGUCUUCAACAAUAUUUUCGAAUACAUUGAUCGGCUUUUCAAUAUUGUUAGACCAAGGAAACUACUCUACAUAGCCAUUGAUGGAGUUGCUCCGAGGGCUAAAAUGAAUCAACAGCGCGCCAGGCGUUUUAAGUCGGCAAUGGACAAGAAUCUUGCUGAGGCUGAAGGAGAGAAACUAAGACAGCAAUUUGAAAAGGAAGGGAAAAAAAUCCUACUAGAACAGGAGUCCGAAGUUUCUGAUUCUAAUAUAAUCACCCCAGGAACAGAUUUCAUGUACAAGUUAUCCAAGGCUCUUCAUAGCUACAUCAAUCUACGUUUAAGCCAAGAUUCAGGCUGGAGGGACAUCAAGGUAAUACUUUCUGAUGCCAAUGUUCCUGGGGAAGGAGAACAUAAAGUGAUGUCGUUCAUACGUCACCAGCGAACUGUUCCUUCUUAUGAUCCAAACACCCGCCAUUGCUUGCAUGGUCUGGAUGCAGAUCUUAUAAUGUUAUCUUUGGCAACACAUGAAGUUCACUUUUCCAUACUAAGAGAGGAGCAACCUGCAAACAGUCAAUUGACAAUCUCAUCUGCAAUAUCAGACAAAAGAACAGCGUACAUGAUGAAAAAGCGAUAUCAGUUUCUGCAUGUUUGGAUUUUGAGGGAAUAUCUGGAGCUUGACAUGCAAAUCAAUGAUCCUCCUGAGAACUUUAAGUUUGAUCUUGAGCGUAUAAUUGAUGAUUUCAUCUUUAUAUGUUUCUUCGCGGGAAAUGAUUUUUUACCCCACAUGCCGACAUUGGAAAUUCAUGAGGGUGCAAUUGAUUUGCUGAUGACAGUCUACAAGAAAGAAUUCAAGAAUAUUGGUGGCUAUUUGGUUGAUAUGAUUCAGGUUCAUGACAAGAAGUUGGGGUACAUCAAACUAUCUAGAGUUGAGAAAUUUGUUCUCCUUAUUGGAGCAUUUGAAGAGAAAAUAUUCAAGAAAAGAUCAGAUAUACGAGAGCGUAAACUCAGACGUCUUUGCUAUAACAAUGAUUCGAUAGAGGAAGACAUUGAUGCUGGAAGUUCAAACUUUAAUUUUGAGGCAAUUGAAGGAUCUGCAGUUGUUUCAGCUGAUAACGUUUCAUCUUCCGAAAUAGUGGAAAACACGAAGGAAUUCAAGCAAAAAUUGAAGGCCAGCAUUAGAAGAAAAUCUGAUCUGUUUAGGAAUGGUAAAAUCACCACUGACAAAGUACGAUUGGGUGCUACAGGAUUCAAAGAAAGAUAUUACAAAUGCAAAUUUUCUGCUGAAAGCCCGGGGGAGAUUGAAAGCAAAAGGAAGGAAGUAGUCAAAAGCUACACAGAAGGACUGCUCUGGGUUCUUUUAUACUACUUUUCCGGUCCCCCAUCGUGGAAAUGGUUUUAUCCUUUUCAUUAUGGACCAUUUGCCUCUGAUAUGAAGGGCCUAGCCCAGGUCAAACCACAAUUUCAGAAAGGUUCCCCAUUUAAACCUAUAGAUACACUCAUGGCUGUCCUGCCACCAAGAAGCGCUCAUGCACUUCCUAAGGAUUAUCGGACACUUAUGACGGAAGAGUGUUCCACAAUCAUUGAUUUUUACCCUUCUGACUUCGAAAUUGACAUGGAUGGGAAGAGAUUUACGUGGCAGGGUAUCUGCAAACUUCCCUUUGUGGAAGAAUCCCGACUUCUACAGGAGACCAGAAAAUUGGAAAAGGAACUAAUGGCAGAAGAAAUUGACAGGAAUGCUGAGAAACUUGAUCAGUUAUUCAUGCGAUGCACCCACGGUAUGGCAUCACAAAUUGUUUCACUGUCUAAUGGUGACAAUCAGUCGAUCAAGAUUGACACCAAUUUGAGCUUUGGAAUCAGUGGUUUUAUCCUUCAGCUUGAUGACAAUGAUGUCAAUGUCAAAGAAAGCGAUGAUAGCUCUGAAGAAGACUCUGUCUUAUGUGCCCUCUAUGAGCUUCCUAAUACAAGUCUGCAUAUGCCUCAUUUACUUGAUGGUGUACAACAUCCUACCAAGACAAUCAAUGAACAAGAGCUUAUGGAAACAAUUCUAUGGCAUGAAUGCCAGGGAAAUGUGCCCACCCUCAGCAUCCAGCAAGUUCAGGAAAGGUUUAGAAAACCAAAUGAUUUGGGAAAUGCAAGUUUUCACAAUGGUAAAUUCACGUCAAGCUAUCCUGCCAAUUCAGUUCACAAAUUUGCUGGUUCUGGAUGGGGCUGUGGUAGAGGAGCAAAUGGUAGUUCUAAUUCAGGGGACCGAGUUUAUGCUCCAAAAGGAAUAUCCAGUGGUCAAAGAGUAGUGUCAUCUCCUAGAUCAUAUUAUUCCAAGGGUACCUCAGAUUACAGAAAAGGCACAUUACAACACGGCUUCAGGGAAUUAAAUAUAUCAGAGUCAGGCCAAUGCUGGAGGCCUAAUGGAAGGGGAGUUCAGUCAUUGAAUAAUGAUUUAUGGCCAUCUAGAAAUAGUAUCUCUCAAGACAGAAACUUUGCUGGUCAUGGUUCACAGUCCUAUCAUACUUGGGGCCGUGGCCGAGGGCAACACAAUUCGUGGCAGCACUCCUAUCCAUUUGCUGGUACAGGUAGAGGCCAGCAAGACCCUUGGACACACACCCGGCCUCAUUUUGCUGCUAACCGUUUAUCAUCACAUGCCGGUGGAAGAGGAAACUUUGUUCAACGUGGUCAUGUAGAAAGUCAGAAUGGGCAGUGGUGGGUAGGAAGCUAAAGCCUUGCAUGUAAAUGGAAAUGUUGUAGUGUUUUGUACAAGUUUUAGUCUAUGAUCAGGUCAACAAGAUUAGGCAGGCAGUUCAUUUUGAUAGACCUUUCAUGUGUAUCAGAUUUGUAGUAUUUUUGCUGUGGUACGUUGGACCAAAGAAGGAACGGAAAUUCUAUCAUAAGGACUGACAAGUCAACAAUCAGAUUUUCUGGAUACAAAUGCUGAGGCAAAAUAGAAGGGAAAGAAGAAAAAAACAGAAAAAAAUAAAAAUAAAUAAGAGGACACAUAGUGGCUUCAUUAGGGCACAACCAGUGAAGGGAAGUGCCAUUGCAAAGGUUUAAACUGUAGUCUUCAAAGAUAAAACACCUUCUGUUUAAGGGCGCACUUAAAGUGUGUAUUUGGCCCAAACUUUAAUUACUUGUGUAAGUUAUAAUACGGUUAUCUUCUUAGAUAUCCUAAUAUUGUGCGAUUAUUUUUCUUUGUAAAACUCCGAUUCUAUGCUU